AUGAAGCAAAUCAGAGAACAAGCAAAAAAAAUUCGUCAUACGGUCGAUUUUACAGAAGAGAUUGAGAAAACAAUUCAACGUGAACAUUCAUUUAUUGGUUGGCCUCAUAGAUCACCAUCUCAGUUUAAAAUAAUAAAUGGUGGCUGGUGCUUGAAUACGAUAAAAGGAACAGACUACACGAUAUGUUUAUAUUGUGUUGUAGAACAUAAUAAUUGGAACUAUGAUGAUAAUCCUUGGAAUGUUCAUCAGGAGUUGUCACCAGAUUGUCCUUUUCUUCUUCCAUCACAUCCAAUGCAUUCAAGUUCAGUGCCCACCAAAGAUUUAGAUGGAAUUUUUACACAAGAAAAAAUAGAUUCUGAUGUGACUCAACAUAAUCCAACUAUGAUUUUGCCAUCUAAUUCGCAUUAUUGUCUUCCACCACAUUGA